GUAUUGAAAAUAAACUAUUUGACAAUAACAAACAAUUUACUCCUUCAGACGAAAAUGAGUAUGGAAAUACAACGUUUGAAUGUUACAUUGAAAGAUGCAAUUAUCACACUGAUUUCAGAUAAUUCGAUAUCACUUUUAGAUGUAACAGGGAGUGUAAAAUUUGAUAUGACUGCUGAUAUUGUCAAAGUAUUUACCACAAUAGUUAAUAUCAGAAAUUUAAUAUCAAAAAAUGGAGUGUAUUUGUCAAAUGAAGUUGAACAAAUUGGAAUUGAAAAUGUGUCAAUCAAUCCAAAUGGUUAUUUCCUUUCAAUCACAAAUUCACAAAGCGAAUUGGCAAUUACAAAAAUACCAACAGCUGAGAGUAUUAAUACAUUGCAUUUGAUCUCAAACAAAUUGAGAAAAGUUGUUAUUAAAGAUGAGGUGAACAAAGCUAAAGUAAAGUCCGUUUGUAAUAACCAAAUACUUGGACUUGGAGCCAUUGAAGAAAAAGAUUGUUUGAUGGAGAGUUACAACAAAUUGUGUUUACCAGUGUCUGGAAACGAGUUGUAUAAAAACGAAGAUGGAAAAUGGGACUUUUCGUGUCCAUCUACUUUACAAUCAUUUGGAAACAAUAUUAAAAUCACAUCUAUUUAUGAAGGUGAAAUGUAUGACCUUAAAAAUGAACUUUACCAAACUAUUUUCAUCGCUAAAAAAAUCAUUUUAAAGACAACUAAUAAUGAAUUAAAAAUUGAUGCAAAUUCUGAUUUUACGAUUCAAGGCGAUAACAACAAAAUAUUAAUAACUUUGAGUAAUCCAAAUGGUGUUUUAAUAACGAUUGAAGGUGUUAAUCUCUUAUUUUCAGAUGAAAAAUAUGGGUUUGUUCUUAAUAGCAACGGACCAAUUCAAAUCACACCAAAUGGAAAUUGCAAAAGUUUAGUAACACAAAAGAAUAAUCAAAAUGGUGAUAAUGUGUUUAUUUCUAAAUGUUUGGCAUGUAGAUUCUCUUCAUUAAUAAAUUCUGAAUGUGAAAAUCAAAUUUACAACGACGAAAAUUGCGAAAUUUAUGGAUCAAAACCAAACUGUUCCAAAUGUCACGAAAAUUACUUUUUCAAUGCAAAAACAACUAAAUGUGAAAAAUGUGGUGAUCAUUGCAAAAACUGUCAUUCAAACACCGAAUGUGAUGUUUGCCAAACAAAUUAUUUACUUUCAAAUUCUCAGUGCACUAAAGUUACAGAGUGUUUAUUGUAUAACAACAAAUUAUGUUUAAAAUGCGCAGAAUCCACAUAUAGAACACCUUCAUAUGAUAAAUGUUCAAAUCAAUGUGUUGAAGGAUGCGCCUUUUGUCAAUCUCUUGAAUGUUCGAUAUGUAGCACAAACAACAACUUUCUCAUCACAAAUACAAAACUCUGUGCAACAAGUGCUGAAUAUGGAAGUGUUGUCAAUAGUAGAGUCAUUGCUUGUAAGCCGGGUUUUUAUACCCAAUACUUUAAAUUAUGUAAUGUAUGUCCAGACAAAUGCAAAACUUGUUACUACGAUUUUUACCUUAAUAAAGCGCUUUGUUAUAGUUGUGACAUUGAUUAUGUUAUUUCAGAUGGUCUUUGUGUUAAUAAAAACCUUCUCAAAUGUGAAAAGGUGUUGAAUAGUUUGUGUGUUUUGUGUUCUCCUGGGUAUUACUACAAUGGCACACAAUGUGUUUCGUGUGGGGCAUUUUGUGUCGAAUGCAGUUUAAAUGGAGAGUGUGAGAAGUGCGACUCAACACACUUUUUAACGCGCAUUGAAAACUCUGUUAUCACAUAUGAAUGCACUGAUAUCAGUCAAGAACAUUGCAUCAAAUACAAACAAGGAGUUUGCGUUCAAUGUCAGUCUACUUUUUAUUUAAAUUCCGAGAACUUGUGUUAUACAUGUUCAUAUGGAUGUUCUGGAUGUCAUAUAGUAAAUAAUAUUGAUUAUAUAACAAACUUGACAACGACUACAAAUGAAUGCUUUACAUGCCAAAGUGGGUAUUACUUGGAUAAUACCAAUUGUGUCCCAAAUGAUGUUGCAGCUGCACAUUGUGUCUUGUUGUUACAAAACAAUGCGGGAAUUUGUGUUCAAUGUGAAUACGAAUAUUACCUUGAUAACACAUCGCAAUGCGAAGUGUGUCCAAGUAAUUGUUUGAAGUGCAGAAACAAAACAACAUGCACCAAAUGUCACGAUAAUUACUUUGUCAACGAAUUUGAUAAAUGUGAAAGAAAAUCCAAUCUAACAGGGUGCCUUUUUGCAAAUGAUUUUGGCUGCAAAACGUGUUCAAGUGGAUUCUUUUUUGUCAACAAGCGUUGUGUAUUUUGCAGUACCAAAAAUCCCAAUUGUGUAGAAUGCGAUUCACAGAAUGGAAAAUGUACAUUAUGUGAAUCAGAUUAUUUAGUGGAAGAAGAUCACUGCCUUUUAUUUUCAUCAAAAUUACAUUGUGCAGCAGCAAAUGGAUUCAAAUGUAUAACAUGCGACUUUUGGUAUUCGCUCAACAACUCUCACUCAACUUGUUACUCCAAACCAGUUUGGUGGGUUAUCAUGAUAAGUUGUUUUAUCUCGGUCUUCAUUGUUGUUUGUGUGAUUGCUGUGAUAUACUUUGUUUCCAAUACCAUUCUGAAGAAAGUUGAUUUUGCACUUAAUGAGAAGAAAGAGAACAUGUAUGUUGAAAAGUUUUGGAUUAAUGAAUCCAAUGUUCUGUGGAAGUUAUUAAACAAUUCUUCACUUGGUGUUUCAACUGAUUAUUUGAAAUUUGGAGAAGAAAAUGAAUUGGAGGGAGCUAUUCAUGUCAACACAUUUACUUCAGAGUAUUUUCAAAUAGCAAAUAUGAAGGGAAAACAUGGUGUUUUGGUCAAAUUUGUAUUACGAAAAGAACUUGACCAGAUGUAUGAAAUGGAGGUCAAUCCGAGUCAACUUCUAUUGAAGAAGAAGCAAGGCGCAAACAUUGAAAUUAAAGUGAAACCCCUUUGCACUUUUCAUAUAAAAGAUAACGUCCAAAUUUUUGUACAAGACGUCUUCACAAAUGAACAAAAAAUUUCAAACAUCAAAAUAGCAUUUGACACAGAACUCUCAACACGAUUAAAUCCAAAUGACAUUUGCGAAGAAUUUAAACUUGGAGAAGGGAGUUUUGGAAUUGUGUAUAAAGGAAGAUAUCAGAACAAUAUUGUUGCAAUCAAAAAGAUGAAAAGGUUGUGCUACAUCCAAGGACAAAUGGAAGAGUUUGAAAAGGAAGUGUCAAUGUUGGACAAAUUCAGAAGUGAUUAUAUCGUCCAUUUCUAUGGUGCUGUGUUUAUCCCAAAUAAAAUAUGUAUGGUCACUGAAUUUGCACAAUUUGGGUCUUUGCAUGACUUGAUGAAGCAUAAAAAGAGUGAAUUAAUAGAGAAUAAAAUAAAGAUCAAAAUUGUGUUAGACGCAGCAUAUGGCAUAUCCUACCUUCAUUCCAAUGGCAUUUUACAUAGAGACAUCAAGCCAGAUAAUAUCCUUGUUGUUGCACUCGAUUUUGAUCAAAAGGUGAAUGCAAAACUGACUGACUUUGGAUCAUCAAGAAAUAUUAAUAUGAUGAUGACUAACAUGACAUUCACUAAAGGAAUUGGUACACCAGUUUUCAUGGCACCUGAAGUGAUAAUGUCCCAAAAAUACAAAAUAUCUGCAGAUGUAUAUUCAUUUGCAGUCACUAUGUAUGAAUGCUUUGCGUGGAGCCGGUCAUAUGCAUCCAAUGAAUUUUUAUACCCAUGGAAUGUGGUCGACUUUGUUACAAAGGGGAAACGCCUUCCAAAACCAGAGAACGUCUCUGAUGAAUGCUAUAAAAUAAUUUGCGAUUGUUGGAAACAUGAACCAGGCGAUAGACCUCCAAUUGAGGAUGUUAUAAAACAAAUUAAAGCUUUGAUUGUGUAA